AUGCGCCAAACCCGAGUCCUCAAAGAAUAUUCUGCAGCGCUGUGGUCGCUGCAAAACAGCUUCGUACUGUUCGAGAGACUGCCAGAAGAAGACUGGAAAGAACACAAAACGAGCUGUCUCAGAACCCGCGAAUCUAUAUCAUCGACCGGUGCUACAACACAUAGCGAGACUACUCCCGCAGCAAUGAGCCGAUCUUCGCCUCCGGAUUACAACGUAUUGAAUGUCCAAUCUGGGCUCGGAGUCGGGAUUACCACUCCAUUCACUCGGCUUGCCGCACACAGGUGGCUACACGGCCGGACAAAAACAGAUGUGUUCAAGCUUCUCAUCGACACAAUCUAUGUCAGAUCCUGGGAUGACCAGAUCUUGGCCGCUCAGAACCGAUUAGACACUGUUCAGAAAAACAAAUAUUACGCGGCAAGAAUGCUGAUCGUUCGAUUUCUCAAGGAGGCUGAAGGCCAAGGCUUGCUACGACCUUGGUGGUCCGUCGAGAAGGAACAGGAGUGUGUCGACUUUGGUCUUGGGGAGGGCAGCUGGAAGGGCCGCGAUGUCCCAAUCCAAAAAUAUCAGGUUCUUGAGACCUAUUGA